CAGACGCAAACGGUGCAUAGUGGCGAAGAGACUGGAGUGGGGUGAAGUGACCCACUCUCGCCCGUGCAGCCGCCGUCUCUCAGUCAGUUGCAGGCGUCUCACCGCGCAACAUGGACGCCACUCAGAUCUACACAGCUCUCUUGCUGCUCCUGGCGCACAUCAUUUGCUCGCAAGGAGGACCACGCCUGAAGAGACCCAGAGCGACAGAUCCUGAAGACAGGAACGUAGCUAAACCAGGAGCCUACAUUCCUCCCGGCUUUCUCAGUCCAUCAGUUCAGGAAUAUCUCGAGCUUGGCAAGUCAAUACCAGGUCGUCCAGGCACUGACUACCCCAUCUUGGGCUUGGUGCCGUACACUAACUUCUACUGUGAUGACCAGCCGUUCCCUGGGUUCUUCGCCGACGUGGAGACGCGGUGCCAAGCUUGGCACUACUGCGACGUGGACGGUCGGCAAGCUUCCUUCCUGUGUCCCAACGGCACUCAGUUCCAGCAAGCCGUGCUAGCCUGCGAUUGGUGGUUUAACGUGCGCUGCGAACUUAGCCCUAAACUGUACGCCAUCAACAGCCGGCUGUACGGCAAGCCUCGUGCCGAGAGCCCCACGCGGCCGCACCGCAUCAUCACUAAGGAGCUACUCGAGAAUAUCUUCGUCUAGCAUUCUCGUAGCAGCGCGAGUUUUCUCGCCUCGCGAAGUAAAUAAUAAACUAUAAAUGUUGUUUGUUAUACAACACAGUUCGUUGUGGCUUUGCCGUCUAGUUCAUUUCUACAGGCGGUUAAUACAUGGGUAGAGGCGGCCUCUACCAAACAUACAACAAAAUUUCUGAGCAAUGCAAUGUAGUGGGAGCAGUGAGCAGAAAAUCAACGUUGCAGUCCAGAGUAUAGGGAAAAAGUGUUCACUGACAUCAACAGGUUGUACUUGAACAGAAGAGCAGUGCGUCUUCCUGAUGUUCUUAGCUUUGUAAUGCUAGACAUGAAGCCCUGUUUCUGCAGAAAAGUGCAGUGUGAUCAUAAUCCACCGUGCCAAAGAAGUGUACAAGAUUACCUUAUGUGACUGGAACAUGGGUUCGAACACUAAAAACAAACUUAUCAAGUAAUUUAAUGUGUUCAAUAACAGAGACCAGUCUUGACAUAAAAUUUUGUUUGAGAACAUAUUUUCAGUUGUAGCAAUAAUUACUUCACCAUUUACUACAGUUUAGUGAUUUAACCAAAUUGAUAUUCAGGGUUUCUAGUAGUAAAGACACAUGUUUAAAGUGCCGUAAAUAGGUAUCAACUCCUGUGUGUAAAAUCAGACAGUGACAUAAUACGAAAUAGUUUCCUCAAGUGCAGUGUGUUCCUGGUAACGAAGUAGCCUUGAACAGCGUUACAUUUCGCUCGGCAAUUGGCAAAGAUAUUAUGCACUAAGAGCAAAGGAAGCGCUUAACACUAAGUAUCACAUCUGAUAGUCGAUAUUAUUUUUCUUUCCAGAGGUAUGCGAAACAUUGUACACCUAGGCCAUCUGGGCACACUGCGCCUUUAAUAAUUCACAAUUUAUCACUGUCCUUCCCGUACACACUUCAUUUGGCAGAGUAUAUUCACGUGGACGCCGGUAUAAGCUGACAGCGUAUUCAAACGAUGCUGAAACGAAUCAUCUUUUAAUCGCGACAUUACGUUACUACAAUGUACAAACAUCGAAUCUAAUCUUGUACAACUCAUUUACUCAGCUUGAAAGGUAAAAUGCUAUUCAUCAUGAACUUCAGGUGGAGGAAGAGAAAUAUUUUUGCUCAGGUAGAAGGGACCGUACAAUCCAAUUGAUAUUUCUAUACUUUUUUGGCAAGGCAGUGUGAGUAUCUCACUAUUCAAUUACAGAUCUGGACAGUAUCUGCGGCCUCGAAAAGGUGGUUGAUGCCAUAUGUACUUUUCUUAGACAAAAUGUGCUCUUCUUGUCAUGAAGUGAAAACAGAUCUACGCUCAACUGACUUACGAAUGUAAUGUAGCAGACGUCUUUUAAGGAAGUCCCGAAGAUAACGUCACGUCGUUUUAUUUCAAAGUACAAACUGCUUAAGAAGAUUUAAGUCUUAUUUUCAAGAGGUUUAAAAAUCCUGAUUUACAGGACCAUUUAAUAAGGUCUUUUAUGUUUUUAAUUAUUACCAAACUGUACAUAAAAAUCUAACUAAUACUCUGUGUUUUCAUUUAGGCAAUAUUUACAUGACAAUAAAUAUGGUUUACUACGUUCUUCCGCUUUUAAAUAUUUAAUAAUGAGUUACAAUAAUUAUAUGCAGUUGUUGUAGACAAUGACCUACAGAUUGUCAUAUGUUUGUUACUUAUGUAUAAAUAACAUACAGCUCUAAGAUGGAUCCGUACAUUAAUAAAAACAAAAAUACGUAAAGACGUUGUUCCGUGCUACGAAAUGUCAUUUAAUGUUUUGAUCCCUCUUUAUGAAAAUUAUAAACACCAAAGUUCCCCGUAAUUUACAACGUUCUCAUCAAUGUGCUAAAGUAGUAACUGAAUCCAAAGCAUUCAUGAUUUUAAUAAACGAACUUACUACAAAUAAGGUCAUUUUGUUAAGGCACCAGAUAUGUAAAGGAUACAAUAAAAGUACGUAAAGGCGUUCAGUUGUAUCAGUAAGUGACAGAACAGUCUGUCACCUUGAGAAAAUAUGCGAUUCUCGCUCAGUUAUUCGCAUUAAAUGUGACAGUGCAUUACUAUAUCACGUAGGCCAGCAGAAACUAAACAACUCUGACUAGCACAAGUCCAUCAGUCAGAGUCAUGUUAAAUUUUUUUUAUAGCUAUCCCCUGAGAAAUACGAAAGGAAAAAAAGGAAGCAAGAUUAAUACCGAGAAAGAGGUUGUUAAGUGACUGAGCAUAAACACUGUUCGGGGAAGGGCAGGAACUAAAAUCGGUCGUCUCUUUCAAAGGACCCUUCUCUACAUGCAGCUUAAGCGAUACAGAGAAAUUACGGAAAAUCUAAAUGUGGAUCGGCGAAAAGUGAUUUGAUACAACGUCACUCAUAAUACACUGAGAUGACGGAAGUCAUAGGAUACCUCCUAACGCCGUGUCGGAGAUCCAUCUGGCCGAUAUAGUGCAGCAACUUGGCGUGGUAUGGAUUAAAGUCAUUGGAUUUCCCCUGCAGAAAUACUAACCCAUGCUGGCUCUACAGCCGGCCAUAAUUGUGAAAGUAAUGCCGAUGCAAGAUGAACACAUCUCUCGCUUAUGUCCCAUAAAAGUUCGAUGGGAUUCAUGUCGGGCAUAAAAAAGCAGCAGCAGCUGGGACAUGUCAAAGUAUUUACAAGAUUCGGCCAAUUUAAAAUAAGCUAAUUCGUAUACACAUACAUUUACAGACUUCUAGUUAGAGAAAAACAUUAGAUUUACUCCUGGUAUACAAGACUUUCUUUUACAAAUAACUUAUUAAAUGAUGUAAUGCCACACUGUUCACUCAUAUCUCACUAGAAGUCACUGCACACACUACACACACAUUGUUUCGUAACAUCUCUCUCUCUCUCUCUGGUCCAUUUUCUAUACUACGACUUCCCAUUUGCUAUCCUGAAAAACUGAGUCAGCAUCCCUCUAUAAUGAGUGAGGUGCUGAGCUCAGAAAGAGGCGAAGGUGUUAGUGUUGUGUAUGCAUAGCUUGGUGGUAAGUAUUUAUAGAAAAAGAAAAACGAAUGAAAAAACAUAAAGUGAAGGUGUUAUGUUGGAUGUUUUAUAACCAUUAUUAUUAUAUAUUUGUAGAACAUUUUUUACCAAAGCCCUACUCUGUUUUAUCUAAGUGAUGCUUCAAUGUAUAAAAUGUAUAACAGGUACCUUUUAGUUGGCUUUUUAAACAAGUGUAUUUUUGCAAUUUAUUUAAUCUCUUUUGGUAAAUUAGUGUACAGUUUUAUUCCUUGGUAGUAAAUGCUGUUUUGAGUUUUAUGUUUAUUUUUUCUUGGUAAAUGUAAGUAGAGUCUCUCUCUUGUUGCAUGAUCAUGGACAGAGCCGUCUGUCCAGUAAUUUCCAAUGUUAUUUUUGAUGGUUACAACUGACUGGUAAAUGCAUUCACAUGGUGCAGAUAAAAUCCCCAGUGUUUUGAACAGAUAUUUACAAUGAGCUCGGCUACUAUUUUUAGUUAUUAUUCUUAUGGCUCUUUUCUGGAGUUUGAAAAUUGUGUUCAUAUUUUGUGCAUUUGUUCCCAAAACAGAGACAUUUUGUUCUUCAAAUUUUGGUUGUUGCAAAAUUCAAACAAGUCAAAGAAUAUCCAAAUUAAAGAUGUUACAUAUCCAGAUA